AGAAUAAAUAAAACAUGCAGGGGGCUCUAGUAAAAGGGCUUUUGUUUUUAGCCCUUGUAUUGUGCGUUGCAGCUCAACAAGAUCUCCAAUCUGUUAACGUGCAAACCUACGAUGAUGGCUCAAAAUCAGGAUCCGAUAUCCUUGCCGGAAUAGAUUCAGAUAAAGUAACGGGGGAAGGCCGUACAAAUGCAGAUAUGGCAGCGGUUCAAAGCCUAAACGCCGCCCAUUACGAAGUCAGAUACGCGGACACACCAAUGCAAGUUGAUAAUGCAGCAUAUAAGAUGCAUAAACAACACGUACAUCCUUACGGAUUAGUUGACCAUCAUACUAAUGUUGGACGUAAUGCAUUAGAAAAUGAAAUGCCCAUGCAUACUAAUAGAAAAAAUAAUAUGCUCGAUCAGGGUGUAGAUUCAUAUGCCGAACAGGUACUAAAAGCUGCCACUCAGGCUAUGAUGCAUGAAAAUGAAGUGAACGCUAGAUAUGGAGGAUAUCUCGGUUCACCUACUUCUGCAUCUGCUAGCGCAAAUGCACAAGCAAAGUCACGCGUAAUUAGUGGCAGAAGAAGUCCUCAUAAUAUGAAUUUAGAUGUUUACGAAGAAGCCGCUGUCGGUGCUAAUGAAAGGCAUGGACAUUCACAUCAUCUUGAAGAUCAAUUACUUGCGAGAAAUGAUGUCGACGAAUUAGAAAAAUUUAUGCACCAGUCUCAAGUCGAUGCUGAAACGGAAGAAGCAUUGAGGACUGGAUACUACUCACCUAGAUUAAUGAGGCCUGGAUAUGGUUUACCCUCCUAUGGAAAUAGUCUAGCUCAAGCACAAGCUCUAGCUCAAGCUCAAGCGCAGGCGAAUGCACAUGCUCAAGCUCUGACACAAGCUGCAGGUUUGCAUGGAUAUCCACAAUAUAGACCUGACUUAGUUAUGCCCCAAUUUGGUUUAGAUUAUCCUCGUUACAGCGGUGCUCCCAGUUCAGUUUCUAGUUCAGCUUCAGCUCAGGCAAAUGCCAAUACUAAGUUAAGCGGUUCGGUCCCACCAUACUUAGGUUUAGGGUCACCUUCCCAGGCACAGUCCAAUGCCCAGGCAUAUGCUAACGCUGCAAGAUUCAGGAAUUAUCCAGUGUGUAGCAGAGAGGGCGAACUCCACUACUAUUGGUCCUUGCGAUAUGAAUGCCUUAUCUGCUUUUGCCUAAGUAACUUAAUGCCAGUAUGUGCCAGCUGCGAAGGAUGCAGGGCUCGACCGUUACAACCGGAACCUAUGCCUUUACCAUAUCCAGACGUGGAGCCCUUACUUCCGUUACCAGUGCCAAAAGUAUUACCUUUACCACAACCAGAUUUAAUUCCAUUUCCAUACUUUCCUCUGCCAAAUGUCAUACCUUUACCGGAUGUGGCACCAGACUUCGGGCCUGAUGUAGUUCCACUAAUACCCUUCCAACCUGAUGUUAUUCCAUUACCACCAGUACCCUUCUCACCAGAAGUUAUUCCACUAUCACCAAUACCUUUCCAACCAGAAGUUAUUCCACUGUCACCAAUACCCUUCCAACCAGAAGUUAUUCCACUGUCACCAAUACCUUUCCAACCAGAAGUUUUUCCACUGCCACCUUUGCCACCAAUACCAUCCCAACCUGAUGUUAUUCCACUACCACCUCUACCACCAAUACCCUUCCAACCAGAUGUUUUUCCACUACCAUCCCUACCACUAACACCCUUCCAACCUGAUGUAGUUCCACUGCCACCUCUGCCACCAGCACCUCAAGUAACAUGCAGUCCGCUACCCAGCCACGUGUACUUUCCAAAUCCAUUGAACCCUUGCCAAGUAUGUAUAUGCAUGGAAGUGCUAGACUUCUACGGGAAAUCAGAUCUCACGAUUAAAUGCGAAGAUAAUCAUCAAUGUGUUCCACAGCCUCUGCCACUACCUAAUCCAGUGCCAGAGCCACUUCCGUUACCGGUUCCCGUGUUACCACCACAACCUGUCCCGGUGCCGGUACCAGAACCAUUGCCAUUACCUUACCCUGAAAUAGUGCCCGAACCAUUACCUUGGCUGCCUGUGACUCCAGCACCUAACGCUCCAUUUAACCCCAGCCCAUUACCUGAACCUUCACCACAUGAAUCCUGCAGACCAUACCCACCAAAUAUUCCAUUCCAACACCCAUGGGACGAGUGCCAGGUUUGCGUCUGUACAGAGGGCUACACCGUCACCGGGGUUAUCGUCAUUGAGGUCAACUGCUACACCCAGGAUUAUUGCUGCAUUCCUAAUCCACUCGGUCUACCAGCAUCCCAACCUUUCUCGAAACCAUCUUAUACAAAUUUUGUGCAACCGCUUGGGUUACUAGGUGAUUCCAGUAGUGCAGAAGCUCAAGCCCAGACUAAUGCUCAAAGCAAUAUGCAACCUUACGUCUCUGGAUAUAAUACACCAAGUCUAGUAUUUCCAAACACUAUACCUGCAUACGUACCAAACGGAUCAUUGUUUGGAAGUGGUCAAUCUUCUGCAACAGCUGAAGCCCUCGCAAAUGCAGGUUCCAAUUUAGAAGGAUUAGGAGUUGGUUACCCCGAAACAUAUUUGCCUGGAGUAUCACAGUUUGGAGAAAUUCAAUCAUCAACUAUAGCUCAAGCCUUAGCAAAUACUAAUUCUAAUUUAGAAAGCUAUCUUUUAGGAGCACCUUUGUUUGGUGGUAGUCAGUCUUCAACUUUAGCUGAAGCUCUUGUAAAUUCAGAUCUAAACAUAAAAAAUUAUCCCAGUGUGUAUUUACCAGGCAGAUCUUUGUUUGGUAGUGGGCAAUCUGCAGCGUUAGCUGAAGCUUUAGUUAAUAGUAAUUCUUAUUUAGAAGAGUAUUCACCUGUCAACCUUUUGGGUAAUAGUGCCCAAACUUUAGCCUCUGCUGAAGCUCUUGCAAGUACAGAUAAUAACUUAGGAUAUUUACCCAGUCAAUCUUCGACAUCAGCGGAAGCAUUAGCAAAUACUGGUCCUAACUUGGGUAAUGCGCAAGCAUCAGCUAUAGCUGAUGCAAUGGCGAAUGUAGGAUCUAACUUAGGAGAGAGCUACUCAAGCGGAUAUUUACCAGGAGAUCUAUUAGUACCUGGACAGCAAUAUCUACUAGAAAGAGGUCAAUUUUCAGCAGAUGCUUUAGCAAAUACUGUUACUGGAAAUUUCGGAGGCUAUGAUCCCGCUCAAACUGAAGUUGCAACCGACGGUCUAAACUUUCUUUCGAAUAUUAAUGCAUAUCCAUACAGCCCAACGACUCCAUACAACAGUCUAGGCUAUCAACCUGUACAGUCGGAUGCUGUUGCAAGUGCUCAAAGUUUGGCGGAAUCUUUACAUUUAGGACAGGGCAUGUUAAAAUCGGUCGAUGUUGAUGCAGGCGUGGAGAGCUUGAUGGCAAAUACAGAAAUUAUAUAAAAGAAAUUUUUAACUAUAUACGCGGCUAUUAAGAAUUGAAAUGAGAUUGUUUUCUUUUUUUUACAUUUAGUUCUUUUUUAUUUUGUUAAAUGAAAUCAUUAAUAUGGGCAGCAAAUGAUACUACCAAUGUAACUGAUUAAAAUAAAUUGGUGUCAUAAAUU